AGACAGAGCGAGGGACGGGGACCAGCACAGAGCAAGGGACAAGGACAGAGUGAUCACCAGACACAGAGCGAGGGACAUGGACAGAGUGAAGAUCACAGCUUUAAGACAUGGGUCAAGGAAUACAAGGAAUGCUUCAUCCCUUUCUCUCGACUGAGGCUCCUGUCAAUGGUGCUGCAGCUCUCCGAGUCACUCUCUCUCUCUCUCUCUGUCUCUCUGGCUCAGGACAUGCCGUUGAAUCCGCACUGGGAUCGGAACCAACUCCUGAACUUCGUGAAGGAGACGGAACCUCUGCUUCUGAAGCAAUAUCACAGCGAACUGGACGAUCUGAAGACGGUUUACGAGCCCAUUAACCCGGACAAAGACUCGUUCCCGGAGGAGACAGUGAGUGAGGGGGAUCGUCAGGACCGGGAGUGGAGAUUGCUUCAGACGCUGAGUAACAUGUUGGAGCAGGGAAACUUCACUCUGCUUCCCCAGGAGACAGUCGCCAGCAUCCUGUCCCAGCCGAAGAACACCCAGGUCAAGGUAGACCUGAAGCACUAUGAAUACGUCCGGUUUUGGGUCCUGGGAAAGCGCUUCGAUAUUCUUCCUUUGCUCCUGACUCCUGAGACCACCGAAUUCUUUUUCAGGAGAAAAGAGGCUGAACGCAAGUGGCUGUAUUUCAAGCGUGUGGUGAUGAUCGCACGUCUGAAGGAGAGCCACAUGGUCCUCAAGUGCUUCAAGGAGUUGCCUCUGGAGGCCUUGGAGCAGACUCUGCCCAGCGUCAGACCCCGAUUCUCCAUGGUGGACGCGACGCUCCUGAACCUCAUGCUGGUGGGAGGUGGAAUCAUGCUCUUCAUCAACGUGGGGACUGUGCUCCUCAUGGACUUCAAACUCGAGCUCCCCCACAUCCUCCUCCUCCUCCUGGUGGUCAUGGGUUUCCGCUGGUGGAAGGCCUUCACUGAGAAGCGGGCUGGCUUGACCCUGCAGCUCACCCACAUCCUCUACUACAAGAGCACCUCCAACAACCGGGACCUACUGGUGGCCCUGAGUGACCGAGCCUGCGAGGAGCAAUUCAAGGAGCUCAUCUUGGCCCAGACCUUCCUCCGUAAGCCCCUCCGCCAGGGGGAGAAGAGCCCAGAUCACUUUCACCGUGCGAUCCAGCAGCAGCUCGAGGAAGAGGUGUCAUCUUGGCUCCAUCAGAAAUCGGGGGUCAAAGUUCACUUCAAUGCCCACCGUGCCUUAGCCAACCUCACCCACCUCCGAGGGGAAUUAAAGAAGGCGCCCGUGGGGGGUCGGGGGGAAGGGGAGGUAGGCGGCGGGGGAGUAGGGGGAAAGGGGAAUAGGGGAUCAGAGGGAGGAGUAGGGGGUGCAGGCGAGUAG